AGUCUACAACCUGACAGAGUGGUAAGCAAAGAGCAGGUCAGAGCUCUUUAAGGGGGCCCUGACCACUGACCAUGGGGCCAAAGCACUAAGGGCCCCCCAGAUGAAAUAACAAAAAACUAAAAGGAAUGGAAAAUAAUCAAGAACAAGAAGAACAGCUUUAAAAAAAAGGGAGGAAGAAUGGUUGCAGAAGAAAUGAUAAUUACGUUAUCCGGGGGAGCGCCAUGGGGGUUUCGUCUCCAGGGAGGCAUGGAACAUCAAAAACCACUUCAGGUUGCUAAGGUGCGUAAACGCAGCAAGGCAUGCAGGGCUGGGCUACGAGAAGGUGACGAGCUGGUGUCAAUCAAUGAGCAUGCAUGUGGACGACUAUCCCACGCCCAGGCCAUGAACCUCAUUGACACCUCCACUGGAAUAUUACACAUCCAGGUCAAAAGGGCACCUGCUGGUUUUCAGUCUGUUGUGCUUGUGACCCGUGCCCCAUCUCCCCGUAUAGACAAAGAGUAUCGUGCUGCUCUGCGUGCCAUUUCACCCACCCACCUACACCAUGCACCUGUCCGAGAGGUUCACCGUAGCCGCUCCUCCCUGACCAGUGGCUUGACAUCUCCACCUGGUAGUGAGGCUUACUACGGUGAGACUGACAGUGAUGCAGAUGUGGCAGGCUAUGAGAGGCAGCGCCGGCAGAAACGCCGCAGCCCCAGCAACUCAAACCCUGGGAAACCUUCAGCACGAGCCUCCCCUGAGGGAGGGGAAACGUCAGAGAUGAGUGGCUAUGACAGCGCUCCAGAUGCACACAUUUACCCCACUUUGUUAGAUCGGCGGGGGGGAGAUGGAAAUGGAGGAGAGGGGCUACAGGAGGUAGCAAGGAGGGAGGUUAUUUAUCAGCCUCCUGUCCCAGGAAUGUGGUCCUCACAGACAUCCACUGAUGCCUCCUCCAUCAUCUCCUCAGCAGAUGACCAAGGGCCACGGGAUGGCGGGCAAGAGGGGGACAGUGGCUUUCUGGAGCCAGCCAAUGUUCCACUGGUAACCCCUGAGAGGGCAAAAGAGGCUCUGAUGCUGGGCUCCCACAGCCAGCUUGUGCCCAUGGUGGGUCCUGUGAAUAAACCCAUCGAUGAGGAGCUUACAACAACUUACAUGGAAAAGGCCAAGCAAGCCAAACUGAACCGAGGAGAGACACUGCAAGACAAGCAUGUAAAAGAGGCCAAAAGCAAGUGUCGAACAAUUGCAUCCUUGCUGACUGAUGCUCCCAACCCUCACUCCAAGGGUGUACUGAUGUUCAAGAAGAGGCGUCAGCGCUCUAAGAGGUACACCCUCACCAGCUUUGGUAGUGUGGACGAGGACAGGUGUCAGGACUCACAAGAGGAAGAUGGGGUAUUCCCUGGCAGCGAAUCAGAGUUCGACGAAGAUGGUUUCUUGGCUGUUCCAGACCCAACUUGGGAUAGUGACUACUUGCAGAUGCUGGAGAAGAGGGCAACUGCAGGCACUGAAGGUCGUGGGGAUGGGGCAGAGGAUACUCCAAGUCCAGGGUUGAGUGACACUGCAGGCAAGGGUGUUCACUUGUUUGAGCAGCAGAGAAAGAGAGCUGUCGAGCAUGCGAAGAAGGUGGAGGCAGCACAGCCUCAGACUCCUCAACAGCUUCAAGUCCAUGAGCAGGCUCAAAUGUACCAAUUGCAUCCAGAGAUACAACUACAGAUGCAACCAAACUUCCAGCCUCAGCAUAUUAUACCACCUAGGCCUACACCCAUACAGCAAGAUCUUCCCCAGGCUCCAGAUCAAGUUGCUUUUGGUGCCCAUGAGGUGUGUAAUGGUGAUCUAUCCUACUCGGCAGUUAGUGCAGCUAGCAUGGUGAUGCCUCCACCACCUGUGGCACCCAAACCUGACACAGCCUCAGUGACUAUUCUGACCAGCUCUGCACAAACAACUGAAACACCAUUACCAGAACUACCUAAUAGUAAUGUUCUCAACAGAACAGCACGUCCUUUCACUCCUGGCUUCAUCAGCAACCGAGCUGUGACUGCCCCUGUAACGUUCCGACCACCAGUCACAAAGAUGUCCCAGGGUCCUGCUUUAGCAGCUGUUGUGCCACCACCAUUCUCCACUGCCUCUGAACUAGUCAUUAAUCCUACAUUGGUAACAUCACAGCUACCCCCUGGUCCUCUGUCAGUGAUCUCCCCACCAUCCUCUGUACCUCAAGGUCCAUUGGCUCCAACACCAGAACCUUGUGUUACCUUUCAUCCUUCAGCCGUCUCUAGCUCUGUAGAGACAAUACAAUUAGCAUCAUCAGUAACUGCUGUUCAUCAGGCUCCAUUUGUAACUGUGCCCCCAGUGUCUAUACCUUCAAUACAAGCGGCUUCACUAGCAUUGAUGGGUCCAGCCCCUAUAUCUCCAACCCCUGUUCCUGAUCCUACAGUUCGCACAGGAAUCUUACUUGAGGCUAGACGACGUAGUGGCAAAGUCAAAUCUAUGUUUAAUGUGCCAGAUAUCAAAAAGAACUCCCCAAAUCCUGAGCUUUUAUCUAUGGUGCAGAACCUGGAUGACAGGUCCACCCGACACAAAUGUGGCCAACCACCCACUGAUGCUAACUAUGAUGCUUUAGAGGAAGAGCAGAGUGGUGAGGCUGGCAUGGGCAGGCUGCCUCCUCCAGUGGCACCCAAGCCUUGGGUCAUCCACGAAGCCCCAAGUAUUCUUCAGGCAGGGGGCAAGGGGGCACAGUUGUUUGCUCGCAGGCAGAGCCACAUGGGUAUGUAUGUAGUUGACACCCUAUCUGAGAUCCCUUACCAGCAGAAAGAGGCCUUGCAGAGUGCAUCCCUACCCCUUCAAUCUUCCUUCAGUUCUUCCCUUCCCUCUCAGUGGAAGUACUCCCCGAAUGUCCGUGCCCCACCUCCCAUUGGGUACAACCCACUCCAGGGCCCCUCUAUACCUACAGGGCCUCAGAGGGAUACAAGCAAACCAGACAGCAAGGGUAGAGGAGGUUCUCUAAGAGAGGGCAUCAAAGCUCUGGAUUUCAUGAGAAGACAGCCCUACCAGCUCAGUUCUGCCUUGUUCAACUAUGGGGGCAGUGCUACAAAUGUAUUAGCCAUGCCUUCUUACCAGGCCCAGAGGCAGCAGCAGGGUGAUUACUCAACAACAAUGGUGGGCAGCUCAUUAACCUCACCUAAGCAGAUCCCCAUCAAAACAGCCCGUGUCUAUGAGAUCAAGCGUUUCUCCACACCAACACCUAUGUCAGCUACCACUCUGGUUCCCAAAGUCAUUGCACCUCGCUCAGCCACAACACUUGGUGAACGAUUCGCUCACUCUGGCAUGACCUCCCCACCGCCUGCCCCUCUCUCUCUAAACCCAGCCCUUCUAUUGACACCAGCAAAAGUAAGUGCCCCAACCCCAGCUUGUCCUUCCUCCCAACCAGCUGGACUUCCCAGCCUCCCGAACAUCUCUGCUACCCCUGUUCCAAACACUCGGCCCUGCGCAGUGCCUACACCUUAUACUCCAGUAUCCUACACCUCUGGGCUCCAGGUAGCCAAGCAAUUCCAGAGUGCCCCUGAGCUUAGUAUCCUCGUCUCUUUACCCCCACUCAAGUCCAACCCAGUUCAGGCACCCAAACCACAUUUUGUUGCCACCAAGGGAGGUGUCCAGCCCCGUGUCUGGAGGCCAGGAGCAAUAUGAAAAGCAGUGAAUCAGUCACUACUACCAAUUCAUUACUAACAUGACUAGUCAAGUAUUGCCAAAAUAUAAAACAAUAACAAUUAUAGUAAUUGAUUAACUGUUCAGAUCUCCCUGCCACCCCUCCUGUCAAGGAAAUUUCAAAAUGGCUCACAUUUCUCAAAUUUUGUCUUAAUGUGUCUUGAUAAUUGCAAAUUUAAUACAAAAUCCUAACAUUUUGGCUGGUUGGUCAAACACAGCAUUUCAAAGAUAUUACCUUAGGUUUAGGAAAGUAAUGACAAGUAAUUAUCAAACUGAUGGUUUUUAAAAUGUCAAAUUAGUGAAAAUAAGUAGCCCUUGAUCGGCAAAUUCAUCUAAACAUGCCAUGAUUCUGUAUAAAAUGAAAAAUCCAGUCAACUUAUUUACUGUUAGAAUGUGAAUAAUGGUAAUGGUUAAUAAAUAUCAACUUGCUGUUUAAAAUGCUGCUAUCACAUUUAUUUGGCUAUUAGCACAUUUAUUCACAUGUUUAUCAGAGUGACUAUAAUAAUAAUAAUAAUAAUAAUAGCUGGGGGAAAUGUGGUAAGGGGCUCUAUCGAGUCAUGUUGGCACACACAUGGCCGAGACUCCUACAAUAUAAAAAUUUUCACCAGGUCUGAUGCGUGUGCAAAUAUUAACCUUUUGAGCAUGUUUAGGCACCCAGAAAUGUGAUUAAUUGGAGAGAAUUAUAAUAUUUUGUAUGAUUAAAAUAGGUCCUUACGCUUCUUAGCGCCAGGACCCUAAUAAUAAUAUGGAGUAUGCUGUACAGUCCACCAUAUGCCUGUCCUUUGAGAGGUGGACUGGAUGUUUUUUUAAAGAAAUAGUUGCCUUUCUAACCAUAGGAUUAAAUCACUGAAGAUGUAUGUUGUAGUACGUUGACAGGUGGAGUUGGAUGAAAGGCUUUUUUCAUUAAACAUGUAUUCUGUUAUUCAGUACUUUUCUUACUAAAUGAUGUGCACAAAACAAAAAAAAUAUCCACUGUCUGUAGCAAGAUCAAGCCGAAAACCAUGAUGAACUAGUCUGCAGGGUUACAAAUGAUGCAUAACCAGUUGAAAACUAAAAUGUUUUAAAUGCCUCAGCUUACUGUAGAGUUUUCUUUAUACUGUUAGUGAGGUUGUGUCAUAUAACCAGAGAGAAAUUCUAUCUUUUUUAGCAUGGGUCACAUUCAACAAGUGUCCAUGCUGUCACUGAAUGUACCUGUCUCUGGAUAUCAAAGCUUACAAAGGCAUCUCAGGCACACCAGAACCCAUUUACUAUCUGUGGGAUCUUUGCAGAUAUAUGUACAUUUUAAUUUUGUAUUAAAAAUUGACACAGAUGAAGGCAUGUGUCUUUUGUUUUGUUCAAUUGUAGUGGGGUGCAAGGGGAAGUUGAUGAACUGAGUGGCACCAGUAUAUGAAAAAGGGUUCGUGGAUGUGGACUCUAGGCUUGAUAUGGGUAGGUCAGAUUACAGAAUGUGGUCUCAGUUAAAACCUUUUAGAUCUCAGCCCACUUCUCAGAAAUAGUCCUGAUCAGAUGUUAUAAAACUGAAGCUUUUGAUUGCCUUUAUACAGUUUCUAUAUCGCACCGACAGUAAAAAUGAAAGGUUAAUAGCCAAUCAAGUUUGGCACCAGAAGUUUUAUUGACAACCUAGAGAACGUGAUAGAAACAAAUCUAGUUUAUUCUGGUGUAAUUCCCUUACGGGGGCAGUAUGCGAUUUUGGAGAAAGCUUGUUUCUGUGUUUGUUGUGAUUUUACUGCUGACACACUGACCACUAGGCCAAAGCCAUGUCUUAAUGCAGUGGUUCUCAAUAUUCUUUAUUCCUGCGCCCCCCUAUCCCUUAUCCAGGUCGCUUGUAAACUCACCUUAAAACAAACGCCCCCCAAGGUCACCUCAACGCCCUCCUUUCAAAAUUAUUGCUUCCAGCGCCCGCCCUCAUCCUCUGAACACCCCCCUGGGGGGCGGUACUGCCCCUGUUGAAAAAAGCUGUCUUUAGGUGUCAACGAGUGAUGCUUACAAACUGCACUCGGCUUGUUGUGUGGUGCGUACCGCACCAAUUUUUGGGGGAAUUACAGAGCCAGGGCUGAGCCAAAAACUAAGAUUUUUUUUUUCGCGUGUUGCUUUAGAAUUGUUUACUGACCCUUUAAUUAUGGAAAAGAUAAAGGAUAAACAUAUUUAAUGGCUAUGUAUCUGGAGACACUGGGUAUGUUCAGGGAAACAAGAAUGAAAAGAAUAUGUUGGUUUUAGUUGUAUAAUUCUUGGGCAGAUACUUUUGUUAAUUUUUAUUUUAUUCAAAUUUUUUUAAUAUAACUUGUCUAACAGCUUUUUCUCGUUUUAAUAUUAUGGCUUCAUAAAAUGUAGUUUGUAGGUAUAGUUAUGUUGUGGUAAAAAAUAUGAUGAACUACUUUUUUUCUGAAUGUAGUUGGAUUUAAUGAUGAGUGUGAAAAUAUUUGUAAUUAAUGCUGAGUAGACAUUUAUAUAGAAUAGGAGAAUACCUUUUAAGACAAAUAAAAUUAGAUAUGAAAGCUC